GCCCCCCACAUUCUACAUCCGCAGUAACAGCGAAAUUCCACUUCCUAUCUAGCAAAAGCACUUCAUUUUUCGCUACACCACCACCUUUUCCUUUUUUAUUUUAAUUAAUUUUCGUUCUUUCUUUUGCGUUUUUAAAGUCCAAGCUAGCUUGUACAAUGGAGGAGGAGAGGAAUCAAAACCAAAGCGUGGUGAGUGGGGAAGAGGGGAGAGAGGUGGAGGUUAAAGACCGGGGUUUGUUCGACUUCAUGGGGAGGAAGGAGGAGAAGGAGAAGGAGAAGGAGAAGAUCGAAGAGGUGGAUUUGGUCGCAGGAAUGGAGAAGGUUCGCGUCGACGAGGUCGAGGACAGGAAGGAAGAGGAGAAGAAGAAGGAGGGCUUCUUGGAGAAGCUCCACCGCUCUCACAGCUCUAGCUCUAGCUCUAGCGCGUCGAGCGAUGAGGAGGAAGGAGGAGAGGGAGAGAACAAGGAGAAGAAGAAAAAGAAGAAGGGGCUAAAGGAGAAGAUCAAGGAGAAGCUCGGGGGCGGCGACAAAGAAGAGGAGCCCAAAGGAGAAGGGGAGAAGGAGACGGUACAGGUGGUGGCUCAAGAGGAGUUCGUAGAAGCAGUCCCCGCUUACGACGACGACACCGCGGUCACAGUGGAGGUUGUGGAGGGGACGGUGAAGCUCGACGGAGCCCCGGAGGGUGGUGAGAAGAAGGGCUUCUUGGAGAAGAUCAAGGAGAAGCUCCCCGGCCACAAGAAGCCCUGCGAAGAAGCAGCAGCCCCCACCGUCGAAACUGCGGCGGAGUGCGCCAAGGAGAGUCAUGAUACUGUGGCGGAUGCUAAUGAAGGGUCGAAGGAGAACAAGAAGGGCUUCUUGGGUAAGAUCAUGGAGAAGUUGCCUGGGUACAACAAGGGUGGCGAGGAGAAGGAGAAGGAAACCGAGAAAACCAGCGCUUGUAACUAGGUGUGGUUCAUGCAUGGUGAUCGAUCACCUGAUCAUCUUAAUUUUUAGCACAUGCUUGGUUUUGUUGUGGGUAUGUAUGUUUGUGUUUUGUGCAUGCUUGGGUUGUGUAGGUUGGUUUUGAUCUGCUUGGUGGGUCUCGUGAUAAUUAAGCCGUCUGCUACUUUUUUACUCUGAUGUUGUUUUUUUUUUUAUUUUUGGUUUUUUUUUUUUUUGUGCUGAAGCUGUGGUUAAAAAUGUGAUCGGAUAUAUGGUCGUAUUCUUGUACUUCUAUAUAUUCACUGUGAAUUAAUGCAUAUAUAUAUCAGUGCUUAAUUAUAACUGUUUA